AGUGUAGUGUGUGGAGCACAUCAGAGUGCUGGGAAGAGCGACUCCAAUCACUACCGCUGUUCCUGGCUCAAUUUCCCUAGCUGACGUCAGCUGACUGCCUGGCUCUCCGCUCCUCCGGACACAGUGCCGUGUAAAAAUGCUGCUCUCUGUGUCGUCAAGGACAGGAUUCAACCCGUACAACGGCUACACCGGCAAAAACACCAAGAAGCAGACGUAUGUGUCCCCCUACAACCAUCAGAUGGCUCCUCCAAGCCCCAACAACAACAACAAUAGCAGCAACACCACCUCCAUCAGCAAUGGCAGCAGUUGCAAUGGGGGAGAGCAGCUGAGCAAAACCAACCUCUACAUCCGUGGCCUCCAUCCAGGAACCACAGACCAGGAUCUGGUCAAACUCUGUCAGCCGUAUGGGAAAAUAGUGUCCACCAAGGCCAUCCUGGACAAGACCACCAACAAGUGCAAAGGCUAUGGCUUUGUUGACUUUGACAGUCCGUCCUCAGCUCAGAAGGCGGUGACAGCGCUGAAGGCUGGUGGAGUGCAGGCUCAGAUGGCCAAGCAACAGGAGCAGGACCCCACCAACUUAUACAUCUCCAAUCUGCCAAUGUCCAUGGACGAGCAGGAGCUGGAGAGCAUGCUGAAGCCCUUCAGCCAGGCCAUUUCCACACGCAUCCUCCGUGAUGCUAAUGGAACCAGCCGAGGAGUGGGCUUUGCCAGGAUGGAGUCAACAGAGAAAUGUGAAGCCAUCAUCCAACAUUUCAAUGGAAAAUAUAUCAAGACUCCACCUGGAGUUCCAGUGCCGCCAGAACCCCUGCUGUGUAAAUUUGCUGACGGAGGCCAGAAGAAGCGUCAGAGCCAAGGAAAAUAUCUGCAGAACGGCCGGCCCUGGACGAGAGAUGGGGAGACGGGAGGAAUGACGCUUACCUAUGACCCCACCACAGCCUUACAGAAUGGGUUCUACUCCUCUCCCUACAGCAUCGCCCCCAACCGGAUGAUGGGGCCAACCUCCCUCUCCCCGUACAUGCAUUCACCUGUGUCCACCUACCAGGUACACAACCCAUCCUGGCUACAUCAUCAGUCGUACAUCAUGCCGCCCACAGGAGCAGUCCUGACGCCAGGAAUGGACCACACCAUGUCCAUCCAGCCGACCUCCAUGAUGGGGCCCCUGACACAGCAGCUCAGCCACCUCUCCAUGGGCGGCAGCGGCACAUAUAUGCCUGCAAACACAUCUAUGCAGGGGACCUACAUCCCCCAGUACACCCAAGUGCCUUCCACCAACAUCUCAGUUGAGGAAAGUGCCGUCCAACCACCUGUUGCCAUAGAGACACCCACAGAACACACAACCUACACCUACCAGCAUAACAAGUGACGAGGUGGCAGAGAUCUUCCUCUGGAGCCGUAGUGACUCUCAAAGGGCCCCAAGUGCUGAAACUCGGCACUGCGACUCUGCACGUAAGGCACCAGACACCCAGGAGGAACACGGACUGUUACACAGAAAGGACACAAAAAAGAUAUUUUCUACAAACUCAUAUUUUAAAACAAACUCUUUUACUCCAAACAAGCAAGGAUGGAGGAAAUGGCAAUGGGAAGAACAGAACAAGGAGCAUCUAUUUUGAUAAUAGUUAAGAAAAAAAAAAAAUCACACACAGACACACACUACAUAAAAGGUUUUAUGAACGUUAUUAAUAUUCUUUUUGUAAUAUUACUCCGGAGAGCUAGAAUGAAACCAGUAGAAGAACAUCUCAACACCAUGUUUUAUUUUGAGUCAUUCUUUGUUUUGACCUUUUUGUAAGAUAUGCUGAUUUAACUUCACUUUUUUUGUCUGAUACUUUCAGGCGUUGAACCUGCCUUUUUGUACAUAAUUCUUUGUUUUGGUGUGUUUCUAGCUUCAUGUGUCCUAGUUUGAUUGAUAGGUGCAAAUAUUUGAAUACAGUAGGCCUAAAAAAGAAAGAAAACUAUAUCAUUCAAAAAGCUGAUGCGUCAUAUUUUAGACGGAUAUGGUGCUGGCUUGGACUAGCGUCUCCUGAAGUCGCAGCAAGUUGAUCAGGUAUAAUACCUUACAUGAGGCGGCAUCGCUUCUUUUUGGCACUUGACUCUCAAAUAAUUUAUAGUUCCAACAAAUCUCGACAAAGCUUUGGACAAUCAGAAAUUUAGAAGAAGAAGAAAAAUUUAGAGAUGAUUUCACAGAGAAGACUUCUUUAAAAGAGCUAAAUAGAUUUAAGGCAUUCCAGAGAUUAUUAUCAGAAAGUUCUAAAUAUUGGUUCACGUUAAGCUGCUCCACCUGAUAAAAUCCAAAGUUGCUUAACAGGAAUCACACAGAGCUGCCUGUAAAUAAGAGAUUUAAAUUUAUUUAGGCUUUCUUUUGAUUUCCUUUCAUCAGUGUAGUAAUGUUUCAUUUAUUUUAAUAACAAUAUUUUACAAUUGUCUGAACAUAGCAAUGUAGUAUGUAUUGCUGUGUUUUUGCUUUUUUCCCUCGUUUCCCUUUUAUAAAAGGGGAAGCUGAAUUACAUCCAUACAUUUUCUGAAGCAAGAAUUAGAUGUUGUUAUUAGAGUGUGAAGUUCUUAUUACAUAGACAUGGAGAUCAAUUGGUAAAGCGUGGCUCUGUCCUGUUAUAUCUACAGAAAACACUACCAAGGUUUAUUAUAUUGAUUGUUAUGGCCAGUACGGAGAUGCUUUAAUACUGGCAUUUGUUGUGUGUUUGCAUCUACUUCUGCAUUUCUGUUUUUCACCCUCAUGUUUGUUUUUUACAUUUCCUAUUUAAAGGUUUUUAAAAUUCAGUUUUAAUACUUUUAAGAUUUAUCCUAUUUUUCAAAGAAGUUUUGUUUUUAUUUUUGAUAGUGUGUUGUGUGCUUCAAAUAGUGAGAAAUAGAUGUUUUCAACGUUUUUUUUUUCUUGAAAUAGUAAUUUGUAUGUUUGCAUACUUCUCUCGUUCUGGUUUCAGUGUUGAUGUCAAAGAAGCUUUAAUGUGUUGUUUGUGUGUGUGUGUGUGUGUGUGUGUGUGUGUGUGUGUGUGUGUGUGUGUGUGUGUGUUUUUUUUUUACAGACAUUUCAGUUCUGUCUGUGUCACAAAUGUUGGCAUUUUGCAAACAUGACUCCUGAUCAUGGAUGAAUUAUGAAUGCUAGGUUCAAAUGCAUUGUUACAGAGUUGUGCCCCAAACAGUUGGGAACAAUAUAAGAGAAAUAUAUGUUCAAAACCUCAACUUACCUCAUCCUGCCAGAGAAAUGUAGAUUCAGUUUGUGUACAAGGUUCACAGGCAAUAACCAGCUACAGUAGGUCUCAUGGCUGUUCACAGCUGGUACUGUGUCCACAUCCUUUAACUCUUCCGUCCAAUGUUCGGAAAACACGCCCAAGGUCUGACGAUGCAUCUAUGCAAUUAAUUUAUUAUCCUAAUAAAUGCAAUACUGCAGAUAUCCAAGAAACACCUUACAUUUCGUGACAAUGGAUCACCUCACAAUAUGACUUCACAUUUUGGCUUACAAAGCUUUUAUCUUUCAUUUUACAUACGUUGAGCUUUAUUUGUUUUCUGACUGAUACAUUCAUUUUUGGUUCAUUAAUUGUAAUUGCUGCAUUAAAAGGGAACUAUUUCAUACCAACAUGUGGUUGUUAAUAUGACUGUAAAAAUGUAGGAACUCUAAAUAAAUCAAAUAUAUGGCAGGUGUUGCCCACUUGUCUACCCAACUUUAAUUUUACAUGGACACGACGUAUAUGUAAUUCACCAUUGAAUCCAGUUGCAAUUUUUAUGUUCUGGUUAAAUUUUGUGUCCCGUCUGGUCCUAUUUGUUUUUCUUGCUUUCUUGCUGAGUAAUUGAUGCAGUUUUUCCUUUUUUGAACCCUGAGACAGUUCAUUUCCAGGAGAAAACCUCACAGAACUUCACAGAAAUGCCUUAGAUUUCACUGGAAGGGAUAGUGAAGUGCUACUCAGAUUUGGUGGGCUUGUUGUUUCAUGCACUGCUAAUGUUGAAAAAGAUUUUUGUUAUAUCAAACUCCUCUGAACAUAGAUCUAUGAAGCAAAAAAAAAAUCUUUAAAUGACUAUUUUAUGUUCCAUUGUCAUUCCAUCAUUUCUAUCCAAAACAUUGAAGAAAAAGUGAAAGGUGGCUAAUUAAGUCUAAAGAACUAUUGCUGCUAACGUUUGAGUAUUUAGAAAUCUUUUAGCUGAAGUUCAUUGAAUAGAUCGAGUCAUAGAUGGGGUCAGUUUGUAACUUAUGUUCAAAGAUGUCUGUGCAGUCUUCUGUUUUGUGCAUCAACAACCUCUCCUUAGUAAAUGUUUGUCUGUGCCAUGAUGCAGGACUUUGUCUUCUUCAUAGAAAAAAACCCUAGUUAUUUAACUUUUACUUGGUUUGAUUUGGAAGUUGUCAUUUUUUAAAUAAAGUUUUUUCCACUGU